AUGACCUUUGGCUAUUCCUUUCAGAUCUGGGUGCCGCUUCUUAUCUUCCCAACUGCUGGUCCCUAUGGAGCGCCACAAUGGAAGAAAGGAUGGCCCGUGGCGUUUGUAUUCUACUUCUUGUUGUGGGCAGGGUUCAUUACUUCUCUUGUCUUGUAUCGAAGGGACAAGAGAAAAGCGGCUGCUGUGCUGGAAUCGGAGAGUAGUAGCGGGGAUAUUGAGACGACGUCCACUGAAAGUCAGAGUCAAAAUGCACCAGUGGUAGUCGAGAGGAGCAGUCCGGUUAUGCCGAAGUACUAG